ACAGAGACGCCGGAAACGGAAAACAGCUUAAUCAGCUCUCGUUUUCCAAAUGGGUGGUCCAUAAUCCCUUAAUUAUUUAUGUCGAACAAACCAAUCAAUUUUCACAGGCUUUAACUGCACCAAAAACUCACAAUCCGCACCUUGAAAAAAAGAACGAAAAAAAAAUACAUAACGGUUCUUCCACGGUAUAAAAAGUCCACAGCUUCUCACAAAAGACGUCUCGUUUUCUUCUGUGGAAUCAAUGUCUUUUUUUCAAACCCACAGUUUUCCAAAACCCACUCUCUCGCCGAGAGAGAGCCUCUUUAUUAAUAGCAAUCAGCAAAACCCACACAAACACAACCAGAAGCGUCAAAUUCUCCAUCUCUUGUCAUCAAAACCCGCACCGUCUUAAAUGGACGCGGCCACCCACAUUGGCUCGACGGCUCGGCCCAGCUCGGCUCCCCCGGCGGUGCGUCCGGCAUCGUGGAGCGGCACUCUGGGGCGCCACCUGGCUCGGCGGCUCAUUGAGAUCGGCGCGAGGGACGUCUUCUCCGUUCCCGGCGAUUUCAACCUCACGCUCCUCGACCACCUGAUCGCCGAGCCGGAACUCAACCUGAUCGGCUGCUGCAACGAGCUCAACGCCGGCUAUGCCGCCGACGGCUACGCGCGCUCCAGAGGCGUGGGCGCGUGCGUCGUCACCUUCACGGUUGGCGGGCUGAGCGUCAUCAACGCCAUCGCCGGCGCAUACAGUGAGAACUUGCCGGUGAUCUGUAUCGUCGGCGGGCCUAACUCCAACGACUUCGGCACCAACCGAAUCCUCCAUCAUACUAUCGGGUUACCCGAUUUCUCCCAGGAGCUUCACUGCUUCCAAACCGUCACUUGCAGUCAGGCAGUGGUGAAUAAUUUGGAUGACGCGCAUGAGCAAAUAGACACGGCGAUAUCGACGGCGUUGAAAGAAAGCAAGCCUGUUUAUAUAAGUGUAAGCUGUAAUUUGCCUGGAAUUCCUCACCGCACUUUCGCUAGGGACCCUGUUCCCUUCUUUCUUGCUCCCAAGAUCAGCAACCAAUUAGGAUUGGAAGCCGCCGUUGAAGCGGCUGCUGGUUUCCUGAACAGAGCUGUGAAGUCUGUUCUUGUGGGUGGUCCAAAGAUUAGAGUAGCCAAGGCACAGCAAGCCUUCGUAGAGCUUGCAAACGCUAGCGGUUAUCCUGUUGCAGUUUUGCCCUCGGGUAAAGGGCUGGUGCCGGAGCACCAUCCCUCCUUCAUUGGAACUUACUGGGGUGCUGUCAGCACCAGCUUCUGCGCAGAGAUCGUGGAGUCCGCCGAUGCCUAUCUAUUCGCUGGCCCAAUCUUCAACGAUUUCAGCUCUGUUGGUUACUCCUUGCUGAUCAAGAAGGAGAAAGCUAUCAUGGUGGAGCCUAAUCGCGUGACUAUAGGGAAUGGUCCAUCAUUUGGCUGGGUUUUCAUGGCCGACUUUCUAAGCGCAUUGGCUAAGAAGCUGGAGAGAAACAGCGCAGCCUUGGAGAAUUACCGUCGAAUAUAUGUUCCCCCUGGCAUUCCUUUAAAGCGUGAAAAUCAUGAACUUCUAAGGGUUAAUAUUCUCUUUAAGCACAUUCAGGAGAUGCUGAGUGGAGAUACAGCGGUGAUUGCCGACACUGGGGACUCAUGGUUCAAUUGUCAAAAACUCGGCCUUCCUGAGAAUUGUGGGUAUGAAUUCCAAAUGCAAUAUGGAUCAAUUGGAUGGUCUGUUGGUGCCACCCUUGGAUAUGCUCAGGCUGCUAAAGAUAAACGCGUAAUAGCUUGCAUUGGUGAUGGUAGUUUCCAGGUGACUGCUCAAGAUAUUUCAACAAUGAUAAGAUGCGGACAAAAAAGCAUUAUAUUUCUCAUCAACAAUGGAGGCUAUUCGAUUGAAGCAGAGAUUCAUGAUGGACCAUACAAUGUCAUAAAAAACUGGGACUACUCUGGACUUGUCGACGCCAUCCACAACGGCGAAGGCAAGUGCUGGACUGCCAAGGUUCGAACCGAGGGUGAACUUAUCGAAGCCAUUGUGACAGCAACAGGAGAACACAAGGACUCUUUAUGUUUUGUUGAAGUUUUUGUACAUAAGGAUGACACCAGUAAAGAGCUGCUGGAAUGGGGUUCCCGAGUUUCUGCCGCUAAUAGCCGUCCUCCAAAUCCUCAAUAACACAUUGGAGGUGUUCAGUUUCAAGUGUUCUAAUAUCUGCACAUAGCAAUAAAGUACCAUGUUUGUAAUGCUUCAAUGUGAGAACAUGUUCGGGAAUCGGAAAUAAAUGCUCUUUGGCGUUACAUUAUGAUAUUGCCAUUUGUA